UGGAUAUUUGGAGAUCGAAGAACAAGACUCAGUAUUUCACAUUUAGAAGCAAUUGCUAAAGUUUGUGCAUUUUACUAUACAAAUAUUAAGAAAGAAUUGCAUUUUUAUGGUGGUGAAUUACUAGAAUGUGACUUGAAAGACAGUGUAAAUGGAUCCACCAUUAAUGCAAGUCAAUUGGAAACUAUUGAUCAAAAUGUUAAUGAAGUUUUCAAGCAUAUUUCCGAACCUUAUCAACUACAACUGGAUAGUAUCGAUGAUACAAAUUUAUCAAUUGAGGAAGCUAUUGAUGUUUCAAGUCCAUUAUUUAUUGGUAAUAAUGACUCAUUUAUUGAGGAGCAAAGUAGAACAUCAGACAAUAGCAUACAACGAAUAGGUGUGGAAAAUACUAAUUACGAUCCUGCAAGCGUA